AUGCCGCUUUCAGAUGGAGCUAGUGACUCUGAGGAUGAGCCACAGCUACUCACAGGGACCAAGACACUCAAACGAUCUGGUCCUCAGAAAUCACCUCGCCCUGCCAAACGUGUCAAAGACAUCCUACCCAACACCAGUGAUGAGGAUGAAGCAGCAGAGAAUGGCACUACAAAUUCACCUGGGCCACCACAGGGAAGAACACCAAAAAGGUUACACAAGAACAAGUCACCUAUGAAAAAGGCAACCAAAAGUGAUGGUUGGAUCUGGAUGGAUAGUUGGACAAAGGGUCAUAUCUCCAAUGACUCUAAAGUUGCUGAAUAUAAACAAGAAGCGGAUCGUGUACAGUACCUGCGUGCUGAAGCUGAGAUGUACCGCUGGCUAGAGCAGUAUGAAAGGAAGCAUGCUGAGCUCUGGCGGGUCAUUGAGCGCUUUGGGCAUGAUGCUACUGUGUGGGAGGGCCUUGCAAACCGUGCAGAGGCACAGAAUGGUGUGGCAUCAGGGGCUGUAACUUUUGCCCGAAUGCAGGCUGCCAUGUCCAAAAGGCUGCAACACAAUGCUAGGCGCGGUAGGAGCAGGGAUGGGCUGCGACGGUCGAUUUGGCGUGGCUUGAGUAAUCCCUCACUUUUCGCUGGCGAGUCUGACACCCAGGGUGGCGGCCUCUACUGGGCGGAAACAAGCGGCGUGAAAUCAGCCGCGGACGGCCCGGAUGGCAAGCAGCAGGGCACAACCGGCGGGGACAAGGUGCUUUUUCACGGUCUACUGCCCCCACCGACGGCGCUCCGCCUUCCUCCAGACACCACCGGCCCGUUCGCCGACGCUGCAAUCGAUUCCCAUUCCACUCCUCUCCACCUGCCCCCAUGUCCUCUCCAGUCCCCGUCUUCGACGCAAAAGCGAUGCCCUUCCGCCGGUUGGGCCCCCAGCGGUCUGCGCGUGCCGCUCUUCUCUCUCGGCGGCUGGCUCACCCUCGGAGGCUCCGUCGCCGGCGAGAGCGUCAAGGACAUCAUGCAGGCCGCCUUCGAGAAUGGGAUCAACAUGUUCGACACCGCGGAGGACUACCAGAAAGGUGCGGCUGAGCGCGAAAUGGGACACGCUAUCAAAGAACUUGGCUGGCGCCGCACGGACCUCGUCAUCUCAACCAAGAUAUUCUGGAGCCACGAGCCAGGCACGGGCCCGAACGACACGGGGCUGUCGCACAAACACGUUAUCGAGGGCACGAAGGCUUGUUUGCGACGGCUCCAGAUGGACUAUGUCGACGUCAUCUUCGCGCAUCGUUGCGAUACCACCGUUCCGAUGGAGGAGAUCGUCCGCGCAUUUAACUAUGUUAUCGACCAGGGCUGGGCUUUCUACUGGGGCACCUCCAGGUGGAGCGCACCAGAUCGAGGAGGCGCAUCCACAGAUGUUGCCACGCGCUUAAACCUCAUCGCGCCGAUCGCAGAGCAGUGCAAGCACAACAUGUUCCACCGCGAACGUCCGGAGAAGGAAUACGCCCCUUUGUACGCCAAGUACGGCCUGGGCACAACCGCAUUCUCUGCACUGCAGGGCGGACUGCUGACGGGGAAGUACAACGACGGCAUCCCAGACGGCACGCGCGCCGCCACCGUGCCCAUGUUCGCGGGGCGACGGAGGGUCCCCAGGGCGAAGAGCUGCUUUGGAAAGUGCGUCUCCUCAGCCAAAUUGCUGCGGGUGCGUCGUUUCUCCCGACUUGCUGAACUCUGGGCGGAACCGCGCUGGCGCUCGCUCAUCCUCGGCGUGUCCUCCGUCGCACAGCUCGAGGCGAACCUCGGCGCGCUUGAGGUCCUGCCCAAGCUGGAUGCUGCGGUGUUGGCGCGGAUCGAGGCUGUGUUGGGUAACCACCCGCAGGAGCCGGAGACGUAUGGUCGCCCGCCGCUGGAUCAGGGCAUCCUUUGA